AUGAGCUUACAAGUUCCUUCGGUUGUGCGUUUUCAUAUUCGUUUAUUUCAAUUGAUCGGUUGUUUCGACGUUUCCUUGCAUACCCAGCCGAGAGAGCAAAGACUCGCCGAACAACGUUUAGUGGCAUGGACCGUUCUAAUCUUACUAAUCUUCACCUUAACCAUUGUGAAUACCUUCGUACAUCCGUCGGCAUUUCUUUUCACAAGUGAAAGUUUCGGUUAUUUCGUUGAUGCCCUGAAGGUGUGCAUGGCCCAUGUGGCCGUCACGAUUAUCUAUCUGGAGACCAUUGCUCGUCGUCAUGCGCUACGUAAUUUCUGGCAAAGAUUUGCUAUGCUAAAUGUGGAGCUAAGCAAAAAUGAAAAAUAUCUGCCUGCUGAGGAGAGUGAUUGGCGUACACAAAUACGUGCUUACAAUUUAUUUAUCUAUAUUUUUUAUGGCAUAACGGUAUUUGAUUUGAUACUGCAAAUUAUCUACUACAACUUACGUGAGGAAAACGAACAUUUAUUACAAUUUUUGGCCAUGUUCACACCCUACACGUACAUGGUGCAUUUACGGAAUAUGGAAAUCAUUUUCCACAUUGCCAUUAUAAGACAUGAAUUGGAGAAGCUACGCAAAGAUGUUGCCCUACUGGCGGAUUAUACACGAUUUUCACGUCGCGUUGCGCCAUUUGUGGGCUUCGAAUCGUUUGUGCGUCAAAAGUUGGCCGAAAAGCAGUUGACCUUUCAACGUAUCUAUGAAAUGUAUUAUUACUUUCAACAGUCCUUCGGCGUCUCAACGAUUGCCGUACUACUGAUGACUUACACACGCUUGGUGGUGGAUGCCUACUUCAUACUCUAUACGUACCAUCAAAAGAAGGAGCCGGAGUUUAUAGGUAGUAAAGAGUAUAUGCUCUCUAUACUGAAAAAAAACUUAUUUUGA